AUGUCUCCUCUGCCCGCAUACACAGCCGACAGCUCCCCUCCGAGCUAUGAGGAGGUCGCUGGAAAGCUGGAUGGCCUCCUCGGCACUAAUCCAACAGUCGAGAAGGCCCUCGAGGCUGCUCGCUCACUUUCCGAUGAGGAGAUCAAUGUCCUUGCCAAUGGUUACGAAGAUCACAAGCCACUGCAGACAGAUCAGCAAAAAGCCGAUUUUGCUGUCGGUGCAGGACAACACCUUUCGUCCGAGGAAGGUCAAAACGGGAUGGCGCAGGCAGGAACAGCAGCAUCUCAAGCAUCGUUCGAUAUUGAUAAACGUCUCAUUGAUAUUCAGCAAAAGCUGGCUGUCAUUGACCAGAGAUAUAACGAGGGGUUUGCGGACACCAUUGCUGGCAUUCGCCAGGAUUACAAUCAAGUCCUUCAAAAUAGUCGCAACCUGGCAGCUGAUAUUUCUCAGAAUGGCAAAAGUUUCGACAAAAUUAUCAUUAAAUAUUGUGCGGACAGCGACAUCGCCAUCGAGGACCGAAAGGCCAAAGUCAAGACCUUCAUCUCAAAUACCAACGGUUUUGAGGCGACCGCCAAAGACAUCCAAGAACAAUACUCCAACGUCAAGAGCAAAUUUUCAUCCUUCGUAGAAACAUACUCAACAUGGGCCGAGGACAAAGAAGGAGAUCUGGCACAACAAAUCGCUGAUCUAGAGGAGGAAAUUCGCAGCUUGACACAGGAGCUGAACUCAAUUGAAGCUGCCCAGAAAGUAAUGGCCGCACUCGCAGGAGCGGCGAUCCCAAUUGCAGGAGCGCUGGGGACCAUCUUCGAGCCUGUUAAGCCGUUGAUUCUUAUUGGGGGCCUCAUUUUCGCUGGCGUCGCUCUCGCUGCCUCUAUUGGUCUACUCAUUGCCGCUGAACGGGUGAAAAACAAGAUAAACCAGAAGACAUUUGAGAAGGAGGAUCUCGAACAGCUUCUAGAGAAUAUCCAAAGUGCGCGCCAGGAUCUGCAGGGCAUGCAGCAGAGUGGACUGCUCUCUUUCCAAGCCUGUCUCGAUGUACUUCCUCAGUACUGGAACUCGACUGUUCAGAAUGCACAGUCAAUUCAUGACUGGUUGGAGAAAGGCGCUGAAACUACGGCCCGUCCCAUGUAUAUGAACCUGAAUGUCGAAAAGGGCGUAGCGUCAUAUAACUCUACGGCUGUAUACCUUGACAAUUAUGCGCGCGGGCUGCGAAAUCCGGCAUAA